AGGAAAACUGUAGGUGAACACAGAAUAUCAUGAUGUGUGUUAUGUCAAUUCCGUUCACUUGUUAGAUUGGCAAAAGCGUUUCCAUCUUCGUACUUCACAUCCUAACCGACACUUAUUGUUCAGAAAGACCAACUAGACAUGUGGUCAGAUUAGUAGUCCGUAAGGCUAACAAUAAAGAGAUGAGUUCCAGCAGUGGGCCAGUGCCGCGGUUUGCUAACGACCAGCCACGAGUGAUUCAGCAACGAGGGAAUGUGUUAUUAUCGACACUUAAUUACAUCGUGAUAGGAAGUCUCCUGUUGGCAGUCUUCUUGAAAUUUUCCUUACAUUCGGUCCCCGAGGGUCAUGUGGGAGUGUACUGGCGCGGAGGAUCAUUGCUUUCGAGAGUCACUGAGCCGGGCUUGAGGCUGAAACUGCCCUUCUUGGAUCUCUUUUCACCCAUCCAGGUGACCUUGCAAACAGACAAGGUAGCUGACAUACCAUGCGGCACGAAGGGGGUUAUGGUUUAUUUUGACAAAGUUGAGGUCGUUAACAGGUUGAAGAAAGAGUAUGUUUUGGAAACUAUUAGGGCAUAUGGCGAGGACUAUGACAAUCUGUGGAUCUUUUCCAAGAUUCAUCAUGAAAUGAAUCAGCUUUGCUCCCAUUCCACACUGCAGGAUAUCUACAUUGACAAGUUUGAUCAGAUUGAUGAGAUCUUGAAGGACGCCCUGCAAGCAGACUGCACAAAGUUUGCACCAGGCAUAGAGAUCUUCAGUGUGCGGGUGACAAAGCCGCGGCUGCCACCUGCCAUAGAGGCAAACUAUGAGGCCAUGGAAGCGGAGCGGACCCGGGUGGGAGUGGCGAGAGAACGAGCUCUUGUCGUGACGCAGGAGGCUGAAACAGAACACCGGCGGGCAGUGAUGAUAGCAGAGAAGGAGGCUGAGACCAGUAGGAUACACAUGCAGCAGCUGCUUGCAGAGAGGCAGGCAGAGCAGAUGCGGGAGACCAUUCAGAACGAGAUGUACCUUGCAAAGCAACGGAUGCUUGCAGACUCAGACUACUACAGGACAAUCCGAGAGGCUGAGGCAAAUAAAGCCAAACUCACACCAGAGUACAUUCAGGUGGCUUUUAUGCAAGCAAUAGCAAAUAACACAAAACUGUACUUUGGCGAAAAGCUGCCAAGCAUACUGCUCGAUCUCCAUAGGAUAUUGCCAGCAGCCCAAGGGGAAACCGCAGCUGUAUAGCGCCUAAAAGUUGACGGAUGCAACAAGUCUGUAUUCCCAAUUUGGAAACUUCAGCGUUGAUGCGGGAUUGCAGUGCCAUCAUGGUACUCUUUAGCACAUUGUACUCCAUGUCAAGAUCUUCGAGAAGAUCUAGAUCAAGAACUUCUUCAAGAAGAUGCAGCUUCCAUGUGCAAUAAAGGCAUCCUAGCGUCCCUUAAAAGAAACUUAUUGUUGUCCCCUCUUCACCUCCAGUAUUAAAGGGCGCAGGAGUCCCCGUGACCAGCUUCCAGGUGGAGGUUAUGCUUUCGAGAGCAAGAUGCAUGACCUCUGCAAGUUACAAGGAU